UUUUUGAAUUGUAAUGUGAACGACAGUGUGAAAAUGUAAAAAAGUGGAAGUUGUCAAGUUUAUGGUGUCUCAGAUAAAUCAAGAUAAAUCAAUUGGCCACAAUCAUGAGAUAUAUUUAUUUCGUCACAGUGUUACUAGCAAAUGCUCACUAUUCUGAAGGGUUCCCGAUACGGUUGUGGCCAACUAAUGCACGUGGCACGGAAGGAUUUGUUGAGGCUUUUUACAAUGGUUAUUGGGGCUUUGUUGGUAAUCCAACGCUAAAAUUUACCGAUAAAACGGCAACAUUCUUAUGCAAAACACUGGGUUUGAGUCAAUUCGGUUUUGGUACUAGUUAUACAUCAAUGGAAAAUUACACAGGGUAUUCGUGGCUGUCUAGUUUGGAAUGUUUCGGAAAUGAGACUACUGUUGAUCAAUGUAAGAGAUCGUCCUGGUAUUUGUACAAUUACACAAGCAAGCCGUCAUGGUAUUACAGAUACGGCAGCAGACUGUACUGUCCUGAUACGAAACUAAUGGAUGGAGAAACGGAGAAUACAGGUUUCGUCUAUACAACAUUUUCAGGGAAGAUUUAUACUAUCUGUUACGAUGGCUUUGAUAUGAAUGCAGCUAAUGUUGUGUGUAACCAUCUUCGAUACAAUGGGGCAGUGAAUUUUAGUAGUGGUGAACCUGGCUCAACUCAAAUAUAUUACAAAAAACUAAUCUGUGAAGGAAAUGAAAGUUCAUUAACAGAGUGCGACACAGCCGAUGAUAUCAACUGUUCCAAAGCUGUUUAUAUCACAUGCAGAGCCGUACGUUUCACCCACUGGAAUGAGUACAAUGACGAAGGAGCAGUCGAAAUUUACCUCAAUGGAUCUUGGGGAUUCGUUGGUACUCCUGGAUAUAUUUUUGAUGAAGUAACGACUACAUACCUGUGCGAGAUAUUUGGUUUUGAGAAUAGUGGCUUCAGCACAUAUGCUCACCCUUUGGAGACGUAUUACAGAAAAGCCUGGCUGAGCUCUUUGACAUGCAAAGGAAGCGAGACUCAUAUAAUGCAGUGUGAUCGUUUUGGAUUUAGUUUAGUACCACCUCUUAUGCAUACAUAUAGGAGAGGAACAUGGCUUUAUUGUUUUGACUUUAAUAUAAAGACCAUACGGCUGGUAAAUGGGUCAACAUUUUAUGAAGGCAAAGUGGAGUUAGAUGUAAAUGGUCGGUGGGGAUCAGUUUGUACAAGUCACAUGUCAUUUUUGCAGAAAGAGUUUGCCGCCGAAGUCGUGUGUAAAUACCUAGGUUACUCGGGGAAAGACAAACUGCUCGAAGAUGAAAACAUCGCAAACACUGGUGAAUUAUUUUGGAUGUCGCGGAUAUCUUGUCAUGGAACUGAAUCGAGCUUAAUGGACUGUACAUACACUAAAGGGCCGAUUACUUCUUGUUAUGACAAUCCUGAGUAUCUGGCUGUUCAGUGCAUUGAUAUAGAUGAAUGUUUAUCAAGUCCAUGUCUUAAUGGAGGUUCAUGUGAAAAUGGAAAUCUAUCAUACUCAUGUCAGUGUCCUGACAAAUGGGGCGGUACAAACUGCGAGAUAGACCUAGAAUAUGAUGCCUGUAUAGAAACAACGUGUCUCAACAAUGGAACUUGCAAAGAUUUACUUAAAGGAUUUGAAUGUGCUUGUUCUAUUGGAUUCGAUGGGGAUAUUUGUCAAAAUAAUAUCAAUGACUGUGAACCGUCACCAUGCAGAAACGGGGGCAGUUGUGAGGACAGAGUCAAUGGAUACAAGUGUUACUGUAUAAGUGGUUACGCUGGCAUAAAUUGUCAGAUAGAUAUAGAUGAAUGCUUGUCUCAACCGUGUGAAAACAACGGUGAAUGUUCAGAUAGGAUGAAUGGAUACGGUUGCUGGUGUGCUCAAGGAUAUGGGGGAGACCGGUGCCAAAUAGAUAUAGAUGAGUGUAGUUCUUCACCUUGUGCAAAUGGCGGUAUAUGUGAAGAUUUGGUCAACGAAUACAAAUGUCACUGUGCAGAAAAGUUUGAAGGAAACCAGUGUGAAAAAAAAAUAGAAAGUCAAAUUACGUUGAUAGCAGUACUUGUGUCCGCAAUUUGUGUGUUACUACUUAGCAUUGUUCUGAUUGGUUGUCUCUGUCUCAGGUGCAGGAGGAAACAGAAAAAGACAAAAUCAAAAGGAGAGCCUAAACCAAAAACAGAGGAGGGAGCUUACCAAGAAUCAAAUACCACAGAACAAGAGGAGUACAAACAUAUUUACCAUUCUGUGAAAGAGAAUGCUUUCGGAACAGACCAUGGCGAAGUAUAUGCUGAAAUCAAAGAAGGGGAUUUGGAUGAUUAUAUAACUCCAGCAUCAGUUGUUGGACCAGCUAAGGAUGCUGAUGGCUAUCUUACAUUCGGAAAUGAUGAAAACAGAGGAGUAUGGUAUCAUAACCAAAAGGACAUAAAACCUGACGGCUAUUCAAUGCUGUACAGAUCUCAAACUUCGUAAUAGUAAUCUGCUACACAGUUUGCUUCGACGCAUUGAAUGCAGUUGUGAACAUAACGUGAUAUGUCCUUAAAAACAAGUCCAUAUUCAAUUUGGUGUUUGUCGUGUUGACUUAACGAAGUGUAUGUUAUUUAUUCCACGCAUUAACUGUAAUAUUCUCUAUUUCUGUUAUUCUGUGUUUUACGAUGACGUGAAAUUAUACGGUAAGGGAUAAUAAUAUGGCUGUCUUUGUGUUUAGAAAACACAAAUACCGGAAAAUGAACAUAAAAUAUACUGAAGACAAGAUUUUUUGGCAGAUAUCUUUUGGUCAUAGUCAUAGACAUUAAUAUUCUUGACUUUACAUGAUAUCGUUUAUUACAUAAAUCAUUACACCAGUCAUGUAAUUCUAAUUUCAAUAAGUGUAUGAAAAGUUAUGUUGUGCUUUUGAAAUAGCAUCAGUAACUUUAUGCUUCUUAAUUAAGAAUAAUAUCUAACACAUUUCUAAAAGGUCGCCAGCUCAUUUUUGAUAAAUAUAGCUUUUCACAGUUCUGUGUAUUUUAAAUUUUAUGCAUGCGAUGGUUUUCACUUCAUUUCCUAGUAAUUUGAUUUUUCGUCUGCUCGUUGUAUGAACGAUUAGACAGACGUAUGAUGUAGACAGAACUUGCAAAAAAAAGCUGUUUAACAAACAUAAUUACUUGAUAUUGUAAAUUGAAGGUUGUUUGCUUGUGUAGAAAAUCACUUUGUUACUAAACCGGAAUUAAAACAUGGAGUUAAAAGGAAAAUUAUUAAAAUUUCUUAUACACGUAUAGUUUCUGUUACUAUGAGUGAUUGCAAAGACUGUUGCUAUUUUGAACAGCAUGAUAUAUGAUCUGUUAAAUGUAUUGAGCUGCGCAAUUAUAAAAUAAUGAUGUUCGAUUUUUA